AUGGACAAAUCUGCUUCAAUUGCCGCUGCUUUCGGUGCCGGCAAGCUCCCCUCACAGCAACAGCUCUCGAAAGCCAUCGACAAUGCCUUCAACUCACCCUUCCUCACCAACAAACCCUCUACCGAUGUAGGAGAGCUUAGCGAACAGGGACAGCAGCUGCAGGACGGCGUUCGCCAGCUGCUUCUCGCCUACAAGAAGCUUGGUGACAACAAGAACUCCGAUGAUAUCUUCCAGGAGUCCAUAUGGCACCUCUCCGAAGCUGACCUUUCGAACUCCUCCACAAACGCGAUGGACGUCGACACCGAUCAGGCCAAGUCCGACGCCCGUGCCCUCGCUCAUUCCCUCCGCGUCCUCGUUACCGUCGUGUCCGACAACCUCACCAACGAGGGUCGCUCUGUCUUCCAUGACUUCGCCUCCUUCAUGCGACUCGCUCUCGCCGACGCAGCCGACCAAGUCAGUGGCAGCGCCCACAAUGCCGCCGAGGUCCUCCGCGAAGUCGACUCCGACGUCGCAGAGGGCCAACGCAACGAAAUUGGUAUGAAACGCAAGGCCGAGGACGAUCCGGAGAAUGCGGACGCGCGUGUCAAGUUCGAAAAGGGCAUGGACUCGGUCAAGGACGUUGGCUCCAAGGCCAUCGGUGCAGGUCAAGUUGCAGCGCAGACCACCCAGGAUCUUGCCAACCGCGCAUCUUCGCGCCUACAGGAUGCGUUCUAUAAGGUCUGCGACCGCGCUCAGAGUGACGAAGACUAUCACAAGGCUAUCUCCACCAUUUUCGAGCUUGCCGACAAGGGGGUCCACCGUUCCCUCGACACCGUAGGCGACGUCAACAAGUCGACCGACCUCGAUGACUUCAUCGACGACCCCACUCCUGAGAAACACCUCAUCACCGCCAUCCGCGGCAUCCGCCAAGUUAUCGAGCGCCUCGCCAACAACAAGUCCCUUGACGACUUCUUCGGCGCCCUCCGCGUAUGUGGCGUCGACAUUCAGCAGGAUCCAGCCAUCCGCGACUGGUUCGACAAGUUCAUCGCGUACCUCCGCAAGAACCUCGAUGAGCGCGGGUACGCUCGCAGCGAAGAGUCUCAGAAGAAGCGUGAGGAGCUGCGCCACGAGUGGAAGGAGCUCUCCAGCAAGGAUUCAGACAAGGGUCUCAAAUGGAAGGAGGACUUCGCCGCGCUCCGUCGCGAGGCCACGGAGUUCCAGCGCGCCAUUGACCGUGAUGAGGACCUUCGCGACGUCCAUCGGGCUCGUGCGCGCCUUGGAGAAGAUAUCGAGAACACACUCCUUGCCGCUGGUACCGCUGGCGCGCAGACCUUCAUGGAGCGCGCGCCGUGGUUCUGGCAGGAUGUGUUCAACGUGUACCUUCCGAGGCUCGUGGAGUCAGUCAAGGACAUUCCUAUACCCAGAACCGAAUACAAGGACGACGAAGUCGAGUUUGUUCUCGAAGAUCUCGACAUCUCAAGGUUCUCCUUCCUCCCAGGCCACGCAUACAUUCGCAACAUCACCGACAUCGAUAUCAAGGCUCCUUCGGCCGGCCAAACCGAGACCGCUGUCGGCACGCUCACUCGCAUCUAUCUUCAGGGCCUCCAGAUCCAACUCAAAGAGGUGUCGUUCUACUACUACGACAAGACGACAACGAUGGGCCCCGCCGAGUUCAACGGAUUACUCGAGUUCACGCUUCCGCCUCAGGGCGUCGACGUUGAUGUUGUCGUUCGCUCCAUCCCCAACUCGCCCGAGGGAAAGCUUGAGCGUGAGAAGCGCGAAUCCUUCCUCGACAUCCAGCGCGUCGACGUCAAGGUCUCCGAGGACGUCAACCUCACCGUCAAGCAGUCGAACCACCAGAUCCUCGUCUCCGUCUUCCGGCCCAUCAUGCUCUCUCGCCUUCGCGAGACGCUCCAAACCAUCCUCCAGCAACAGAUCCACGGCGCGCUGCAGUCGCUCGACAAGAUGGCGUGGGACGUUGGCCGCCGCGCUGAGGUUUUCGAGGAUACUGGUCUCCCGCGCGGCGCGAGCCUCCUCGCUGGUUUCUGGUCAGAGCUCGGGCACUUCCAACGCUCGUCAGACCGCAGCCUGUUGAGCGGCUGGAAGGCGACGGGCACGGGCGUCAUCAAGGACGACAACAACACGCAGUUCGCUAUGGGUGCCGAGCCGCAAGUCUUAUCCGGGGACAAACACGGCCCUAAGGGGACAUUCUCAGAUAGCGUCGGGGAGCGCAUCGACCGCAACGUCGAUGUUGACGCCACGGUGAAGGACGCAAAGGGUGUUGCGGAGCAGGCGACGGAGGUUGUCAAGGGGAAGUAUCGGCAGGUGAAGAGCUGGAAGGACACCGUUCAGCAGAAGACGGAGGAGGAGAGGCAAAGGUCUGGAUGGAACAGCCCGGCGUUCGACGCGCUUUGGGCGUGAAUGCGUACCCCGG